UGAUUGUGCCACGCUCCGUAAAAUGGAAGAUUUCAAGCCCUUUCCUCACUUUGCCACUGACGCUUUGCACGCUGGACAGGAACCUGAACAAUGGAACUCCAAAGCUGUAAACCCUCCUAUUUCAAUGGCCACUACAUUCAAGCAAUCAGGACCUGGGGAACAUGCUGGUUUUGAGUAUGGGAGGAGUGGCAACCCUACCAGGAACUGCCUGGAGAGAUGUAUUGCUGCAUUGGAAGGAGCUAAAUAUGGUCUGACAUUCUCAUCUGGUUUAGCAGCUACAAUGGCUAUCACACACCUGUUGAAUGCUGGUGAACAUAUCAUUAGUAUGAAUGAUCUCUAUGGAGGCACCAACAGAUACUUCAGAAAGGUUGCUGCCCGCCUCAAUAUAGAAACCAGCUUUGUAGACUGCACCAAAAUCGAUGAUGUGAAAAAGGCUUUGCGACCAAAUACAAAAAUGGUCUGGAUCGAGACUCCCACCAAUCCCACAAUGCAACUUGUAGACAUUAAAGCUGUCUGUGAUAUCGUCCAUCAACAACCAGAUGUGUUUGUUGUGGUUGACAAUACAUUCAUGUCUUCCUACUUCCAAAGACCCCUUGAACAUGGGGCCGAUUGUGUUAUGCAUUCCCUUACCAAAUAUAUGAAUGGUCACAGUGAUGUCAUUAUGGGAGCAGUAGCCACUAGCAACGAUGAUAUUGAAAAAAGGCUCAGGUUUUUACAAAAUUCAAUUGGCGCAGUUCCCUCUCCAUUUGACUGUUUCUUGGUGAACAGAGGCUUGAAGACUCUACAUGUCCGUAUGAAGGAACAUAUGAAGAAUGGACUCGCAGUAGCUAAGUUUCUAGAAGCUGAUCCUAGGGUCACAAAAGUUAUACAUCCAGGUUUAGAAAUUCAUCCCCAGUAUGAGUUAGGCAAGCGGCAGAUGCGUGGCUACAGUGGCAUGGUCACAUUCUAUAUCAGAGGGGGUGAAACUGAAGCUAGAGAUUUCCUCAAAGCUCUCAAGGUGUUCAUUCUAGCUGAGAGCCUUGGCGGGUUUGAGAGUUUAGCUGAACAUCCAGCUAUUAUGACUCAUGCCUCGGUGGAAAAAGAUGAGCGUGAGAAAUUAGGAAUUCACGACAACCUCAUCCGUCUCUCUGUUGGCAUUGAAGAUACUGCUGACCUUAUAGAAGAUCUGGAAAAUGCACUCACUGCUGCGGUUGGCAAGGAGUAGUCUAAUUGCUGAGUUACAGUCAACACUCAACAGUGAACUGAUGAACCAAUCUACUUCUAUCACCACAUUCAAACAUAAUAUGCACAUAGUGUAUUAAAUUGACACUUUACUAAUGGGAAUCGGUAUCAACUACUAAACUAUCGAAGCAGUGCAGGUGUCUCUGGUUUUGUUAACAUUUCUCGAUUUUAAGAGGAAUUGAUUAAAUUCAAAGUGAUAAUAAAUAUGCACAUUGGUCUGUCAUGUCUGCUGAUGGUGCAUAUAACUAUAUUUAGUAGACAUUCUACAUUUGGCUAGUCUUAAGAACAUGUCUCACCUUUUUGACUAUUAUGUUAUAUGAGACUGAAAAGUCAUUGCAAGAAUCUGGGUCCAAUUCCUGAAUCAUUCUUUGCUAUAUAUUCCCAAAUGAAUAAAUCAUGAUCUCAUAUUGAGAGAGCGCGCAAUAGUAUUUCUAAACAUAGACUACAGAGUUUGUAAAAUUAAGAUAUCUUGAGUGAAUAAUAUAUUUAAACUAUUACACGGUUACAACAUGCAUAUGUAUGCCUGGCUAAGAAUGUUCUGGAAAUAGUCCCUGGUGGUACUACUUUAGGCACUUAUUAUGGAAUACUAACUAUUGUACAACGUUUUAUUACACAUCUAGUUGGUCUCAUUUCUUCUCUGGCAGCUAUGUUUUAUUAUAACAUAAAUAUCUCUUAUAUUUUUGAGCACAAACAGGGAAUUAGGUUUUGAAUUUUAAGGAUAUAAUGAAUAUAUACUAUGUAUAUGGUUUGAUAUGGAUGGAAUAAAAUUAUAUUGCACAU